AUGGCUAGUACACAAACCUUCAGAGUUUAUCCACAAAAGAGGAAACACUCCCUGGAGUGCUCCCUGACCGAGACCGAAGGCAACUACUGUGCACAGCUCGCCCAGAUCCAGGCUCAGAUCGGGGCCCUGGAGGAGCAGCUGCACCAGGUCAGAACCGAGACGGAGGGCCAGAAGCUGGAGUACGAGCAGCUGCUCGACAUCAAGGUCCACCUGGAGAAGGAAAUCGAGACCUACUGCCGCCUGAUUGAUGGAGAGGAUGGCUCUUGUGUUAAAUCAAAAGGCUAUGGAGGACCAGGAAAUCAGAUCAAAGAGUUAUCUAAAACCACCAUGGUUAAAACAAUUGUUGAAGAACUAGAUCCUCGUGGCAAAGUUCUCUCAUCCAGAGUUCACGCUGUGGAAGAGAAAGCAGCCAAAGCCAACAACGUGAAGAGUGAACAGAGG